GUGUUGAUCUCUCUCCCUUAUUGUUAUUUUCAGCCAGUUUAUUUUUGAGCCCACCCAUCCCCCUCCCCCCUUAAACCUUCCUGAGAAGUCAAAGCAGAGAGAGACAGUGAAUAUUUUUUUGGGGCACGUUUUUAUUAUUAUUAUUUGCGACUGCGAAGAUCUCAUCCCCGCUUUCACACCAGCCUCCUUUUUUUUUUUUUUUUCCUCCCUUCUUCUUCCCCCCUUUUUCUCCUCCCCCCCCCGCGCUGAUGCCGAAGGGGGUGUUUUUGAUGUGGUUGCUUUGGUGGUGAUCGUCGCCGACUUUCCAGAGAGGGUGUUUUUCGCCGCCGCCACUGCUGCUGCUGCUGCUUCUCUCCGCGUUGUGUGUGUGCGCGCGUGCUUUUUUUUUUGGUUGCUGCAUCGCCGCUGGGAAGAUGCUUCUGGAUGCUGGACCGCAGUAUCCCGCCAUAGGAGUGACUACCUUCGGAUCGUCUCGCCACCACUCCGCGGCCGAUGUCACGGACAGAGAAGUGGGGCUGGGGAUCAACCCCUUCGCCGACGGCAUGGGCGCCUUUAAAAUCAACCCGAGCAGCCACGAGCUCGCCUCGGCCGGCCAGACCGCCUUCACGUCGCAGGCGCCCGGCUACGCGGCGGCGGCCCUGGGCCACCACCACCACCCGAGCCAUGUCAGCUCCUACUCCAGCGCCGCUUUCAACUCCACACGGGACUUUCUGUUCCGCAACCGCGGCUUCGGCGAGGCGGCGGCAGCCAGCGCCCAGCACAGUCUCUUCGCCUCGGCUGCCGGCAGCUUCGCGGGGCCGCACGGCCACACGGACGCCGCGGGCCACAUCCUCUUCCCGGGGCUGCACGAGCAAGCGGCGAGCCACGCUUCGCCCAACGUGGUGAACGGGCAGAUGCGCCUCGGCUUCUCCGGAGACAUGUACGGCAGACCCGAUCAGUACGGCCAGGUCACGAGCCCGCGCUCCGAGCACUACGCGUCCACCCAGCUGCACGGCUACGGCCACAUGAACAUGAACAUGGCAGCGCACCACGGGGCAGGGGCCUUCUUCCGCUACAUGCGGCAGCCCAUCAAACAGGAACUCAUCUGUAAGUGGAUUGAGCCCGAGCAAUUGUCAAACCCCAAAAAGUCCUGCAACAAAACUUUCAGCACGAUGCACGAGCUGGUGACUCAUGUCACGGUGGAGCACGUUGGAGGACCCGAGCAGUCCAAUCACAUAUGUUUCUGGGAAGAGUGUCCGAGAGAAGGGAAACCUUUCAAGGCCAAAUAUAAACUUGUAAAUCACAUCAGAGUCCACACAGGUGAAAAGCCUUUCCCCUGCCCUUUCCCAGGCUGUGGCAAAGUGUUUGCCAGAUCAGAGAAUCUCAAAAUACACAAAAGAACUCAUACAGGUGAAAAACCAUUUAAGUGUGAAUUCGAGGGCUGCGACAGGCGCUUUGCAAACAGCAGCGACCGCAAAAAGCACAUGCAUGUGCACACUUCCGACAAGCCCUAUCUCUGCAAAAUGUGCGACAAGUCCUACACACACCCCAGCUCCCUCAGAAAGCACAUGAAGGUCCAUGAGUCGUCCUCGCAGGGCUCGCAGCCCUCUCCCGCCGCCAGCUCGGGCUACGAGUCCUCCACGCCUCCAACCAUCGUGUCUCCAUCCACAGAAAACCAGACCACCAGCUCCUUAUCCCCUUCCUCCUCCGCAGUCCACCACACGUCCAGCCACAGCACGCUCACGUCAAAUUUUAACGAAUGGUACGUGUAAAACGCUAAAACAAAACAACAGAAAAAAAAAAAAAAAAACAAAACGAAACAAAACAACCCCCCCAAGCGAGCAAACAAAUACCCUAUUUAAAAGACUCUAAAAUAAUGAACACUUUGAAAUCAGAAUUUUAAAAAGCAAACAAAAAUAGAACGCUGCCAGUAGACCCAGGACUGAGUAAAAUGAAGACUUUUUUUUGUUCUUGUUUCAUGUUUUGUGUUUUUUUUCCCUUCCUUUCUUUUUGUCCUUUUACUUCUCCCCCUCCAUCUCUCUCCUUAUUAAAAAUAUAUAGUCUUUUUUUUUCUUUUUUUUUUUCUCUCUCCCUCUCUCUCUCUCUCUCUCUCUCUCUUUUAAUUUAAAUUUUUGGUCUGUUCUGUUCUUCUCUGUUGCAAGGCUUGGUAGGCGAAGGGGUUAGUAGAAUGCAAAAGAAGACAAGGUUACCAGGGCAAAUGCCAACCGUGUAGGGCUUUACUGGAAACCACUGAUUAGAGAUGUCCAACUGCAUGUCUGCUCGGGCAGCGGCCUUCCCCCCUAUCCCCUCCUGUAAAUACAGAAUUAUUAGCUUCAAAAAAAAAAUGUACUGUUCGAUUUUGUAAAUAGUUAUAUCGCAAGUUGAAUAAGGGGAUAUGUGGAGUUGUGGUCUUUGCAUAUAUGUGGGGGGAGGGGAGGGAGGGAGGGAGGGAGAGGCGGCGGGUGGGGCGGAGGUGGUGGGGGGGCAGAGGGAAGAGGUAGAAAUUCAACUAUUUGUACUGAAUGGCAAGAAUGUUCUAGUAAAUGUGUACCAAAAUGUGAAUUACUUUGUAUUAUUACAGUCUAAACGUCGAUCUAACAGAAUAUUAUUGGUAUUAAUGUGCUUUUUUGUAUAAAGUGCAACAUUUCGUCCCAAAGUCCAGUCUAAGUAGUGCAGUAAAAUGUUGUUACACGUCCUGUCAAGAAAUUCGUAUAGUGAAGGCCUGGAUCUGCGUGUCAAACUGUUACAUUUGUUUAUGUAAAGUGAUAUUAAAAAAAAAAAAAAAAGAUAUAAACUAUAUCUGUCCGUUGCUUUUGGCAAAUACAAGAACAUAAUGUAUAUAAAUCCUAAUUUCCAUAUUUAUCCGCAUGUAAAGGUCCGGUUAUACAUGUUACAAGAUAUUCAAUAUUUAUGGCUAGAAGAAUUGGUAUGUAAAAUUUAGUUUACAGAACUGUUUGGUAACA